CUGGGUCUGGCUGUUGUUCCACAUCCUCUUUUACGGCAUGUUCUUCGCCUUGAUUUUCCGGGUGUUUGUGUUGUUCUUCGAAAUGGUGUUCGGCUUCACACCCUUGUAUUUCGCGCCGGAGAAUGUGGGUAGACAAAACGUCGGGUCGACGCAGUUCAACACCGGUGGGAGUGGUGGUUCUACGUCGAAUACCAACAUGAUCCAAAUUGCGAAACACCGGGAAAAUUCGCCGAACUUCUUCAUCCGCAUCCUACUGGUGUUGAAAGCGGGGAUAAACAAAUUCAGCUUCGCAUUGGCGAAGUUUGAGUACUGCUUUCUGGUUUUCUUCCUCUCCUUCUGGACCGUUCUCAUGCUCGUCGGGUUAAUCAUGCACGACGACACGGUGGCCGCGGCCCUGUGGUUCGGCGGGUUGCUCUACCUGAUGUUCAAGCUGCUGGUCAAUAUGGUCUCCUUGCAAACGCAAAUGCGGAUCGUGGUAUUAGCGCUAGUCGAAAAGAUCCUCCGCGCCAUCGCGGACAACGCGAUCAAGACCUGGGGGCGCGACAAGAGACAGUACUUCCAGCACCACGGGGCGCAUGGGGCUGGACCUGGGCAGGGCUACAUAUGAAAUGCAAAAGCAUGAUCGUACUAGUAUAAAUUGCACUACAAGUUGGCUUAGCAUUACAAAUUGAAUUUGUAAUGCAGAUUUGCCUUCACAAAAAAAUGCAUAAACGCAAGUAGUACGAGUACGAUACUUUUGCACAGGAUAGUACAGUUUUACCGACGAAACCGGGCAGCUGAACAGUGACGACGAACCGUAUGAAAGCCUCCGGUUGGAAAUCCUCCAAGUGGAAAUAAUUUGUAAUGCACAAAAACGACUCCAGUUGAAGCGCCAUUUGUAGUCGGCGCAUGACAAAUUUCCCGGGCACUCAAAGCGUGUCUGUCAUGCUAGUUAGGCAAAGGGGUGCCCUUCUGUCGUGCUAAUCAGCAGCCCAAUUCUUCACCCCUAGCAGGACAAUAGUCGGCCUCCAUUGUGUCCUCUGCAAUACAGUCUUUUUUUCCUUACAUUUCACGCAUCACAAAAUAUUUCCACUUUGAGCAUUUCCAUUCUGAGGCUUUCAUAAACCGGGAGGCUCGUCGUUUUCCCAGGGAGUCCUUGGUAGAACCGCGAAUGCGCGAAUGAACGUUUACGCACAUUACAGCAAUCAACAUUACAUGCACGAGGAGCGGAAACGGCAGGAAAAGUCCGACCGGGACGAGAAGUACAAGGGAGCGAAAGGCGGAAUAUGCAUUGCAAAUAAAGAGCUAUCGUGCUAGUAGACCACCUAGAGCAGCUAGUAAAAAUCGCAUUACAAAUAAUUUGCUCAACGCGAGGACAAAUGGACCAUCAGUGAUGCCGAAAUACUGCUAGGAAACGAGAUUUGUCAUGCCAGACUGGCGUUGAAUAUACGACUACGAGCACGAUACUUUUGCGAUCCAUAUCAAAAAGACGACGACAAAUCUGGCGGGGAAGAGGACGGCGAUGAGGGCCCGCACGACCCGAAAGCGAAGUCAAUAACGACAGUCCGGGACUCGAAUAAGCUGAAAAAGUUGAUGUCGACCCAGAUCCGCGAGUCCUUCUUUCCGAACGCGUCAGCUGCAGGAGGAGGGGAUGCAACUCCAACAACCUCGCCCAGGAUAAGCGCAGUCUCAGAUCGGAGCACAACAGGAACAGCAGGAACUACCGUUGGUGCAUCUUCUAAGAGCAAGAAGGAUGUGGGGAAAGAAAAGCAGCAAAAGAAUGACAUGAAAAACAAGAAGAAGUGGUCCGCCCAUUCCAUCUGGCGGACUAUGACGCGGGAUUUGCAGUUUUUCGGCCCCGUGCAGGAGGAAUCGGAUGACGAUGAUGAGAAGGACGUGGUGGAAAUGGACAGAAUAUGAAUUGCAAAACCAUCGCACUAGUAUAAACCAGCCAUGCUCCGGCUGCCGCCGGAGCGCAAGGCUGUUGGGCGGGGGCAAGACUGUUGGCUGAUCGGACCAGAACGCCAUGGGCCUGCGCACAAAGAAACAUGCUGGAGCUCUGCCGCCUGGUUGGGCCACGCCAACCCGCAGCACCACUUGCGCGCCUCCCGCGCCUGCGGGCGCUCUGCGCAGGGAGCAGCUGCAAAGAACACCGGGGGCGAACAGAAGGCGCUCGGCGCGAGAGGGUGGCGCGAGAGGGUGGCGCGAGAGGGUGGCGCGAGAGGGUGGCGCGAGAGGGUGGCGCGAGAGGGUGGCGCGAGAGGGUGGCGCGAGAGGGUGGCGCGAGAGGGUGGCGCGAGAGGGUGGCGCGAGAGGGUGGCGCGAGAGGGUGGCGCGAGAGGGUGGCGCGAGAGGGUGGCGCGAGAGGGUGGCGCGAGAGGGUGGCGCGAGAGGGUGGCGCGAGAGGGUGGCGCGAGAGGGUGGCGCGAGAGGGUGCGCGAGAGGGUGCGCGAGAGGGUGGCGCGGAAAGGCGCCGAACAAAACAAGGCCGCGAUAUGCCUGCAGUGCCAAAUGUGGGGACUACCAUGCGGAUUCGCGCCCGCUUUUUUGUGUUUUUACCCUCUCGCAGACCCCUCGCAGACCCUCUGUUUGACCUCUUUUGGGGGUCCCCGCUAAUAGUCCGGCUAUACUCGCGGGUAGAGGUCGACAGAGGUGGCCGAGAGGUGGCCAAGAGGGUCCGCGAGAGGUCGCCCCUUAUUCGCGCCACCUCUCUCCACCUCUGUCGACCUCUCGCGCCCCCUCUUUUUGACCUCUCUGCACCCUCUCAGGCACUUAGGCGGCGCUUUAAGGGGAGCGCUUCGGCGGGCCUUAUUCGCGCGCCCUCUCGCCGACCCUCUCGAACGGGGUCCCGCGCCACCUCUCCACCUCUGUCGACCUCUUUUCUACCUCUUUUGACCUCUUUUUUACCUCUCGGCCACCUCUUGUCUACCCUCUGUCUACCUCUUUUUUCGCAUGAAUAUAAUAUAUAGAAAUUUCAUUACAAAUUUUCUCAGCAUGAAAAAUUGAAUUUGUCAUGCUGUUUUACCUUGGAAGGGAAAUAAUUUGUCAUGCACAAUUGCAAUUAGUACGAGUGCGAUGCUUUCGCUCACGAUACAGGAGGUUCCAACGACAACUAGAACCAAUGCUGGACGAGCAGCAGUCAAAGAACCUGGCAACGAACUGGGCUCAAGCCGCGGCGAAAACCAGAACCGACAGCAACUACUUUAUGACAGGAGUCUCCUCGGUAGGUGCGGAUAAUUCCGAAGAGAACAAAAUCAAGCCGGAGGAGAUUACCACGGUGGAAUCGAAGAAGAAAUUGCUUGGGAAUUUCCUCGCCCGCGACAGUAAAAUUUUGUUCAAGAAAGACGACGAAUUCAAGCAACUCCAAGAUUUCGAAGACAACGUGAAAGACGGCGCAGUUCCGGAAGAAGCGAAUAACUUCUACUACGAUUCACUUUUUGGCGACAUCGAUCAGCCGAUGAAGCACUCGUCGACUUUGGAAACCUUAGUGGGUUCCGACGCGCAGAUUGGUCUGCAGCAGAUUUUCAAUGUGAUCCGGCCCAAAUCGGACGAGGAAGCGGUUUACUCCGCGCAACUAGCGGGGAGGGACACGAAUUUGGCCGCGCAGACGAGAUCAUUCAACCGGUUCGAAUCGCAGACCGCGCCGGAGACGUUGUUGAUUUUGAAGAAGUUGUACGAGAAACUAGUAACCCAGUACCUACCGGAUGUGCGGUUGGAUAGGGAACAAUUGAAACCGGAAGCGUUGAAGGAGCAGAUGCUGUUACAAUUGGAGGCGAAAGUGCUGGAGUUGCGCGCGAAUUUGGAGUCUUUCCAACUCCAAUUUUCUGACUUUUUACUGGACUCCGCGGGGAAUUUGUUUGAUCAAUUAUUAGUGAAUUUGACGGACAACGCGGCUUUGAAAGCGGCUUUACUCGAGCAGCAGGAGGCGAUUUUGUCGAAGUCGUACAGUAUGGACUUCAACUCGUUAAUGUCCUUCCACGCGGAUCCCGCGGAUCCCGAGAUCCCAGCGUCCUGGUUUGUCGCAGCGGCAGUGGGGGAGGAUACACAUGUACCCCAGGGAGGUGGUACGCCGAUUUUUUCCCCCCGUGGCGAGGGAGAAGCGAUGGAGCCUAUUUCCGAGGGCGAAGCAAGUACGCGGGAUGAAAACAAGCAUCGCGACCGUUCAUCACCCAAAAGACCUCGCCCAUCGCAACAAACACAAGAACAAUCUUCGCCUGUGCAACAACGACCCUCCAGGCCGAGCACAGCGUCAACCUCGACGGUAGGCGGUGGUGGAAACAAGCGGCCAUCAACGACGCAACCACAAACUACGUCGCAACAAGAUCCCCUAGCCGCACUGUUCCGCCUUGCCGCGGCGUUUGACAGCAAGCCACUAAAGCAAACCUGGCGCCAGUGCGGGAACCGACUGGGCGCUGGGGUGGCUGUCGCGAGAGUAACAAGGGAGUUGUUUUUGAAGAAGUACGCGGGGUUGCUGGGAUCCAGUGGUUCGGAUCCUGAUGCGUUUUUCGCGAGCGCGUGCAAGACGUACCCGAACCAGACGUCAAAUUUCGCGUCGAAGAAAAACUUGUCUGGGAAAACGACAGACAAACAGAUCGUGACAGACGGGCUGAAAGUAUCAAGCAAAACAAAAAGUGUUAACGUUAAGGGUUUCAUCAAGGCAUUGCCUUCAUGCAUGACAAAUUUUCGCUAUCAUGAUACAUGCUACGCAAUACAAAUUUAGGCAUCAUUUCUCGCGCAGUCAUGCAUGCCCAAUUCCGUUAAUGUUAACAUUUUUUAGUGCGAUAGAAGGCAUCUAGCGGAGGUCCAGCAGGUGGUCCCUCUACAUCAGCUGCUAGCAGUACUUCUACCGAGGCGAAUCUGAUGCAAUCCGCUUUCAUCUCCAUUGAGGAUCUCUUCUUCGUGUUGACCGAAGUAUGUUUUCUUUAAAACGUCCCCACCCCAUAGUCAAAUUGGUAAAUCUGCAACACAAGUCUCGAAGUUUAGUUUCCAUCUGCAGAAGUGUAGUGCUGAUUAGCAAAGGUAGCCGCAUGAGAAAGCAACUUCCUCAUCCUGUUUACAGCAUUACAAAUUCCGAAAUACGACUGGAAUUGCCUCUCAUGGAGCUGCGCAUUACAAAGGUUCCUGUCGUUGCGCAUUUGCAUGACAACUCUGGGGCAGGUACGUUUUUGCUGAGGAUACGAAGCGGGGGUUAUUCAGCGGGAUUUUUCCAAUCUCUUUCUGCAGAAAAACCCGGAGCAACUGACUUCACAGUUGGAAUUUCUAUUGCCCGGAGAUCAAGUAGAUGGCGAUCAACAAAACACCAGUUUUCUCAUCGACCAAAAUACCAUGAAAAUCACACUAGACGCGGCACGAGAAGUAGCAGCGGCGUUGGAAACAGUAAUAGGGAUCACGGAGAUCACGGGGAGGGAAGACAUUUUGAAUUUCACCACACCAACGAACAUCAACGCGUCGACGAAUAAAUCAAAUUCCAAUUCCAAGAAAUCAACAUCUUCACCUCCUUCCGACCAACUGGGCAGGUGUUUCCUCUCCGCUAGUGAGGUAGUGAAAAUCGCGGACAGCAUUCUUCUAUGAAAUGCAAAACGAAAACUAUCGUACAACUAGUAGUAGUAAUUGCAUUACAAAUUCCCUCAGCAUGAGAAAUGGAAGUUGUCAUGCUGUUUAACCUUGGGAUGGAGAUUUGUAAUGCAUGAUUGCAAUUACAACUACGAGCGCGAUACUUUUGGUUUUGCAGUGCAUAUCUCCUCCCCCAGGGAAUGUCCGCAACGACCCAAGCAACCAGCUCCUCCCUGACAAACCAACAAAACGUCCGCAUGUGCUACUCCGCGUUUACCCACGCCAUCGAUCGGAAGUACACAAACGGAAAAGCGACAGCUGCGACCAUUGCGAAGAUUUUUGAGGACCAAAAAUCCCAAACUUUGUCUCCGACUCAGUACGAAUCGGCGGUGAAACAGUUGACCUCCGACGGAAUGCACGCGCAAGCGAUUGUCCGGUUGUUUAGGCGAUUGCAGCUCCCGGCGGCGGCCAUCGAGAUCAAAGACACGAUGGAGCAGCGAAACGCCGGAGGGCCGAAGAACCCGUAUUCAAGAAAAAAACUGUGUAAGUGUCAAUCUGUGAUGCAGAAAAUGGAAAACAGUUACACUUGUCAUGCUCAUACUGGAAGUGCGUCAUAGGCUACUAUCAUAUGUGUUUCCACGUACUAGCUGCGCAUGACAGGUUUUCCCAGUAAUACUUACAAAACGAAUUUGUGAUGCUGCUCUUCCUACAAAGUUACACUUACGCACUUUUUUCCCUGGAUAACCCGUACUCCGCGAACAUUAGCACGUUUGUGGAAAAUUGCAAACGGGCGGAUGGGGAGGAGAAGAUCAAACUCCCGGCCGCUUUUGACAUGAUGGACGAGAAAAAAUCGAAAUUGAAGUUCAAGUCGAAAUUAGUAUCGAAGGUUUGGGAGAAAAAGUGCGGGCGGAACGGGAAUUUCAUUCCGAGGCAUAUGCAUUGCAAAAGUCUCGUACUCGUAGUAAUCUAAUUGCAUUACAAAUUGCCUCAUGCUGUGUUACCUUAAGAAAAAGAUUUGUAAUGCAGACCUGCAAUGAGAAUGACUACGAGUGCGAUCCUUUUGCAAUGCAUAAGGCAGAAUUUGAUGCGGUUCGUCAAGGACUUGCUGUUUGAAGAGAAGAAAGUACCGAUGAACAACCGAAGUGUCGUUCCUGCCGCAGUGAACAACAACGAUGAGGAGUUCUUAGCGGAGGAAGGGGCGCCACUGAUAGCAGCAAAUCAGCAACAAAUACAGGGCGGGAUGAACCACACACAGUUCACACCCCGAGGUUUGUGGUUCGAGGCGGUUUUCUUGCUCUUGCAGGAACUGCACGUCCCUUUAUCGAAGAAAUACGCGUUUGAGUUGAUGGAAUUGUACUAUCAGAAACAGGUCGAAGAGGAUAAAGAGGAGGAAAAACGACCAACAACGUUCAUAGGAGCAGCAGGAGGAGGAGGCUCCUCCUCGCCGAGAGCGGACGGAUCAGUUACCACUGCUGGUGGUUCUCCCGCUACUUCCGCGUUUGGGUUUUUGACCCGGGAGUCCGUUCUCGCGAUUUUCUCGGACAUUGUGGAUUUCGGCUUGUACCGCGAGACCUACUUCUACUUCCUGAAAUUCCACCGGGUGCAGCUCCCAGAUUCCGCGGUUUUGAGUCUCUGGGACUCGGUAAUCAUCCAGAAGUGGCGGGAAAAGAUUCUAGCGACCGACAAUGACAACAGUUCUUCAUCUUACCCCGACUACAUGAAGGAGACGUUUCUCGGGCAGUGGGUGGUUGAGAAGUUGGAGAAGAGCGAAACGGACAAAACGCCAGCUGUAACAGCGAUCAUCCCGAUAGAAUUCGUCACGGACUUAACCGCGGAGAUUCUGCUGAAAUCCGUAUGAACUGCAAAAGUAUGAUCGUACUCGUAUAAAUGCAUUACAAAUCUCCUCAGCAUGAGAAAUAAAAUCUGUAAUGCGGGGGCUUUAGCUUAAGAACAAGAUUUGUAAUGCAUGAUCGCAAUACGAGCGCGAUACUUUUGCACAGGAUAAUCCGGCAUGUGGCUUGACUUCGCAAAGAACACGCUGCAGUCGUUGGAUGUGUACAGUGGUUCCGGGAUCAACGUUGUAUGCAUUGCAAAACUGUGUGGGUCUGGAAACUUGUGAUGCUAAAAUAUGGAUGAUGGAAACUACACUUCCAAAUGCAGUCCAGCAUGACAACUUCCAACAAUGUAUUCUCAUAGGCGAUCAUCCGCAUGAGACGCUGCGUUCUUGCAUGACAAAAGAGGCUGCGACUUUUCUUGGUUACGCAAUACAGAUUUCCAAGGAGUGAUGUAGAGCUAGUAUCACAAGUUCCAACCUUCCAGACCCAGACAUAGUUUCACUGGAUAUGUUGGCGUGAAUAACAACCCGAUCGUGCAGAACCAAGAGGCGGUCGGAGGGGUGACGGGAGCUGGGUAUGAGGUCGUCGGCGCCGGAGUAGAUGGAACAUCAUCUUCUUCCGCUGUCAAUGACGAUACCACAUCAGCCGAGCCGGUGAUUUUCUUGAACCAGAUGAACACAACCGAUGAGAUCGAGGCGGAAACCAUUUUCCGGGAUCUGCUGCUCUUGGAAGACAAGUCCACUUCCCGGUGUGUCGGCUUCCUUCCCUUCGAAGACAUCUACAAGAUGCUGAAACGGGUGCACAAAACACAGGGCAUGGACUACUUUUUCUUCACGAAGUUGUAUGGCGUUCUCAAACGUUACAUUCUCAACUGUUACAUGAAUUUGUCUUCAUGCAAAAACAGCAAUAGGGAAAGGGGCAAGCUUGCAAGUCUUGCAUCACAAAUUUGGCACGGAUCUAGGCGCUGUUUGGCCAUUCGAUUAUUUGUCAUGCGAACCAGCUUGAUUGUCUUGCGGCUCAUGGUCAUUUUGCAUGACAAAUCAUGUAACAGUUGAGAAUGUAACGCUUGAGAGUGCCAAAAUUUGGUGCAUCUGCUCGGGUUCCACAACGUCACCUCGGAAGAUUUGUACGAUACUUUUGCGCAAGUGGAGAAGGAGGAACGGCUGAAACUCCAUGAAUUCCAAAUGGCGCUGCUAAUUGUGACGAAGGAGCGACUGAAGAAACAGUUGAUGCUAUCCUGUGUAAAAACGUACCCACACCAUAGUUGUCAUGCUACUCUGCAUGCUUAAAAUGUUUCUCAUGCGGAGCCCCAUGAGAAGCAUUUUCUAAUGCGGCUUGGAAAUCUGUAAUGCGCCAAUCAGCAUGAGAUACUAGAUCUGUAAUGCUGCUUAGCUAGCUCAAACAGCACUACCCUACGCGUCCAAAUUUGUCAUGCGAAACAGCCAAAGCUUAUGGAUUUGUCUAGCAGAUUUCCCAUGUUGACUCUGGUGCGGGGACAUGAUCUUUACUCCGGAUAGAUGCGAGACCUCGGGCUGGAAACGGACCAGAUAUUGCUGACUCUGCUGUUCUUAUCGUGAGAAAAAACUGCUUAGCUGUAAACUUGUGAUGCAUAGAACGGAACGCAAAUGCGUUUGUCUUGCUACACAUGCAAGACAUUGGAUUUUUAGCUGUGUUUUCUCUUAGGGAGCACGCAUGCCAAGUUUUCUUUGUCAUGUGUAACAAACUUGUGAUGCAGAUCUUGCAAAAUCAUCACAGUGAAACAGUUUUUUCGUGGGAUAGUUCUACUCGUUGAUCUUCGCGUUGCUGUUUCUCUUCAUCGCCUUGGUGCUGCAGUCCUUCGGGCCAGGGAAGUAUGAACUGCAAAAGUAACGUACUAGUAGGGACCCACGAUAUACCCAAACCUGCGCAUUUGGAUUUGGUCGGUUUAUUGAAAAUUCCUCAAUAAGUAUAGAAUCGCCACUAUUAUCUAUCCCACGAAAAAAGUGUAUACAGUUACACGCUUCUAGUGAAUUCAGCAGCGCAAAUUUCUCUGCAUGAGAGAGAAAACAAAACCUGUAAUGCAGAAAUCCUACGGGAAAACACCUAUGAAACGAGGCUCGCUAGGUAUAUCCGGCAUGACGCAGCUUGUCUGUCUUGCUUGGCCUGCAACACAAUGCGUUACUGUAGCACCUUUUUCUUGCGAUAUUAUCCAACUCGUCGAUCCUGCCGGUGAAACGACUCAAAAACAGCAGAAGGAGUGGUGGAAUUUGCAAGCUUCUUCUUUGAAGGAGUUGAUAAAGACGAAAGCCUCCGCAUUGAAGCGUCCCGAGUUCGAACGCGCAUAUAUUGAAAGCCAAAGCGUCCCUCGAUGGUGGGGAUGUGGGCUCUAAUUUUGGACAGGAAAUUGCUGGCGACCUUUUCAGCUAGACGGAAACGACGGACAACAUGAUGAAAGCUAACACCUUGGCUGUUCCGAACAGCCAAGGUCUUUUCGUCAUGUGGUCCGUUUCUGGCAGCGGCCGAACCUCCUCGGCCGCUGCCAGAUACGGGAAAAAGCGCGCUCAGAAAAUUAAAUUUAGCAGGUUGGGUGUUUUGACCCAACCUGCGCCGCAGGUUGGGUCAAAACACCCAACCUGCUAAAUUUAAUUUUCUGAGCGCGCUUUAUCACGAAAUAAAAUUUUCGCAACAUGUUGCCCCUCAGCUGAAAAUCGCAAAAAGAAUGCGAACUCCCCCAAAACAAAUUAACCUCCGCGCCGCGGUUCCGCCUUCGGGCUCGCUUCUUCGUGGCCCGGUUGUCGUAGGGGUAGGCCCCCCACGUCAUAUUCCGACUGCCCGCGCGCAAUGGUGUGUGUGGCAGUUGCUUGGGUUUUUCUGUGUUACCUCACCAGGCCAGAGAUGGCUCCUUGAUUUCAUUUUUGGAACCCUUCCGGGGUUGACUGUUUUCAUUUUUCGGAUUAGAGAUCCAGACGAUUGUCUUCCGACUUUGAUAGAGACGCGCAGGGAGCUGAUAUCUCAACGAAUGACUGUGCCUUCGCGGCCGUGUCAACGAUGUGGGAAAGAGCCAGAAGUGAACCGAUGUCGAUUGAUCUUUUUGUAGCUGUACUAGAGAAUGGGAAUACAGCGAAAGAAGUAGGGGAGUGGUGAGCUUCGUUGGCGCUGAGGUGGGGAGGGGAUUUGGUGCGGCGUAUUUUCAUAUAGGUGGCGUCUCAUACCCGGAAACAUCAAUCUCUAUUGAGGAUUUUUCAAUAUUUCGAGCAAAUGCAAAUACGCAUGUUUGGCGAAUAGUGGAUCCAUACGUACUAGUAUAGAUCGCAUGACAAAUGUUCUCAGCAUGAGAAAGGAAAUUUGUAAUGCUGAUUUGCCUUCGGGAACAGAUUUGUAGUGCGAGACUUGCAUUUAUACGAGUACGAUACUUUUGCAAUGCAUAGGAAGUCUUUGAUCACGACGUCUGUCCAAGUGUUCUUCGCCUAUCAAAUGCAAAAAUGUCUGGGUCUGGAAGAGUGCCAGACUUGUCAUGCAGGUUUUCCAUGACCCCUGAGGUCUGGCACGUAGGACUUAGCAUGACAGAUUCUGUGAGAUGAGUUCCAUCAUGCCUAUCCUGCAUGAGAAACUGCCGCUCGAUUAGGUCAAAAGUGGACAGCUUUUGGUAAGCACGCAACACAGAUUUUUACAUCAUUCAGAUUUAGCAUGAUAAGUUGCUUAGUUCCAGACCCAGACACUUUUGCAUUUGAUAUCGCCGCGUUCCUGACGUUCUCGGUCGACAAAAUUUCCACGGAUACGAUCAAUCUCGGCGUCUACUAUGAAAUGCAAAAAUGUCUGGGUCUGGAAACUUGUGAUGCUAAAAUGUGCAUGAUGAAAAGACUUCCGAAUGCAGUCCGGCAUGACAACUUCCCAAAACGCUUUCUCAUAGGCAAUCCGCAUGAGAAACUGCGUUCUUGCAUGACAAAAGAGGCUGCGACUUUUGUUGGUUAUGCAAUACAGAUUUUCUAGGUGUGGAAAGCUAGCAUUACAAGUUCCAACCUUCCAGACCCAGACAUUUUUGCAAUCCAUAUCUACUUGGGAAGGCUAAAGCGGGCGGUGAGAAAGGCGAUACGGAUUUAGGAAAGUGGUGGAAGUUCUUACUGUCCGCGGGGGCAGGGACGGUGGAGAAGAUUUUUUCAAUCACUGCUGUAGAUUUGGUAUCUGACCUAGCGGUGUUCAUCUUGCUCUAGUACAUACAAGAACAACCGGAAUACUUUACAUGAGCGGAGUAACAAUUGACUCAACUAAGUCGGAUCGCCGACUUAGUCGUCCGUCCGGCCGCACGGACGAGUAAGUCGGACUUUGUCGCGGGAAACUUCCUCCUUCAUGAAAUCGAAGAGCCGAGAACCCACACCCGGGCUCCUGCCGUUACAGCACCCGAAAGCCGUAUGAAAAAGCGCACUUCUGUAAGCGGAUUUCUGCGCUUUUGGUGUGUUUUUUUUCGGCCGAGCAUCCCGAAAAAAAUGGCAAGUGCUAUUUUUUACGCGCGACAGUUGCUGCUUAUGUAUUACACGUUAGCCCUUUCUGCAGUAAAAGAAACUUUUUCUGCAAAAGCAAAAAAAAGCAAAAGUCCGCAUUUUUCAUUUGGAAAAAGUGCGACCUACUUCUUCAGCUCCGCCCCCACAUUCCCAGCUCGGGGGGGUUGCGCGUUCGCAAGCAAAAGUUCGCAUUUUUAAAAGUGCAACCUUUUUCAGCUUCAUCCCCAGCUCGGCUCGGGGGGGGGGGGGGUGCGCGUUCGUUGCGCGUCUGGCGAACGCGCAACCCCACCGAGGUGGGAAUUCGCGCAACCCCCCGAGCCGAGUGUGAAUGCGAAGCUGAACCAGGGUGCACUUUUUCCAAAUGAAAAAAGUCUUCACAUGAAAAGUGUGGACUUUUGCUUUUUUUUGCUUUUGCAGGAAAUGAAAUAAAACUCGUUUCUUUUUUAAUUGAAGAAAGGGCUACUUUGUCAUGCAGAAACAGCAACUGUCAUGCAUAAAAAACAGCAUUUGCCAUUUUUUUCGGGAUGCUCACCCGGAAAAAAAAAUCACACCAAAAGCGCAAAAAUCCGUUUACAAAAGUGCACUUUCUCACACGGCAGGACGCCGGGUGAGGGUUUAUCUCCCCGGCUCUUCGAUUUCCUGAAGGAGGAAGUUUCCGCCCGCGACAAAGUCCGACUUAGUCGUCCGUGCGGCCGGACGGACGACUAAGUCGGCGAUCCGACUUAGUUGAGUCAAUUGUUACUCCGCUCCAUUAACAUUAUUCGCACUGAAAUGCAGAAUCAGAAACAAGUCGUAUUCAAAUGCAAUUCUUAACUGUAUGAUUGACGAACGAAAAACCGAUAAAGAUAGCACUUGUGAAAAUGAAAAUGUACCAGCAUUACGAGUAGUUUCAACUUCAUCAAGACUCCUGUUAUUGCUGCUUCCACAUUAUAACUAAGUUUUAUCGCAAUUAUCGCAAGAGGAGCAGACAAACAGUUUCAGUUUCCAGAAUAGCAAAAUCGUAGCUUCACGGCCUACUUGUACAAUCGUGAACGUAGAAGAAGAAAAAAGAACCAGUUUCCAUUUCAUCGAUGGAAAUAAAGUAGGCACAGCCAGUUGUAAAAUGCACGUCAUCUUCGCGUAUAUUACCUGUUGAUGUAGAUAACUUGUUGCACAGACUUUCGAAGAAGCAAAAGCCUAUGGCUGGAUGAGUUCGCUUAGAUUGAGUUUGCAGCUGAUGAAACAAGAUAGAAAAGCACCGGGCCGCUUCAUUGCCGGAGCAAGAAAAGAAAGACGCCUGGUAUGAACGCAAGCGAACAACAAGAACAGAACCACUACUAAAUCUUGUACUGUACACAACAGAUGAACUACAAAGACCGAAUGUAUACAACGCCGUCUCUUUCUCGUC